AACGCAUCCGUACUAAAAAAGAAAAAACUCCUUUGUUUCUCAUGACACAAACUCCGUUUCUGUUUUCCUAUGUUCGUUGGAUCAUUUGGAAGACACAAAAAGAUAUAAAAAUAAAAAUAGCUACUUUGAAGUUAGAAUAGAAAAGGAAAAUACAAAUUUUUCCACUCUAUUCAUUAAUUCAUCACUUUCUUCGUCUUUGUCGUCAUCAUAUCAUUCAUCAUCAAAAUUCAAGCAGCAGCAGUAAAACAGCAAAAGAACAAGAAGAAAAAAGAAAUAGAAAUAGAAGAACACAGAAGGAGAAAAAAUUUGAUAAUUAUAGUGCAGUGCAGAAAGUAGCAAAGCAAUAGCAAGUGCAAUCCGAGUAUUCUGUUUCUGAUUCUCAAAAACGCAUCGAAAAAUGGCCAAAUCACAGACAAAAUUCAAAACUAUUUAAGCGAAAAUAUUGAAAAACAAAGUGUUGGCCUAGAAUUCCAAAAAAUAAUUGGUAUAAAACGAUAAAAAGCCACUUUUCCUUUGGGGUUUUUCUUUUCUUUUUCGUUGGUUUCUUUUUUUUCUUUCGUUUUUUCAUUCGCUCGUUCCGUUUUGUGUGCUCUUCGAAGAACGAAACGUCAAAAAUUUCUCGCUACACAGAUUGUCAGUGAAUUGAGUAGAGAACGUAUCAGCAGAUUUUCAAAAGUAGAACUGUGCGAGGAGAAAAACUAAAAACAAAAAUAUUAAAAUAAAAUUCAUACUCGAGUUGGAGUCGUUUUCAAAUUCGUCCUCGACUAGAAAGAAUUUGAAGAGAAAAGAGAAUCACACGCAAGUUAAUUCAGCUGUUCUCAAAAAUAAAACAUUAACAUACAAUAAAACAACAGCAAGCAGAAGAAAAACAAUCACGACGAGAACAACAACGAGAACGACGACGAACAAAAAGAGUACAACGACGACGAGAAAGACAUACACGAAGCGAGAACAGCAGAGUAGUCCCUCUCUCGCUGCCACCGCCUCCCCUUCCAAGCUCCCCUUAGCCCUCCUCCUCCUCGUUUAGACAAAGAGACUCAAAAUUGAUAGAAAUAACAAAAAAGCUGCUGCAACUGGUGCCUCAUCUGAGGACCAGCCGCCGCGCAAGAAAGGAAGACGUUCGGCAGGACAACAACAGGAUUCAAGUGCCACACCAGCCUCUAACUCCACACCGUCGUCGUCGUCGUCUUCGUCUUCAGGUGUACUUUUAGCAGACAGUGAUCAGCCUUCAAGCAGUUCAGCAGCAGCAGCAGCCGCCGCAGCAGCAGCAGCAGUAGCCACAACCACAGCAUCAUUAGCAGCAACAGCAACAGCAGUUGUUAGAUCUGCCCAAACGCAGCGCAAUAGUCGCGAACAGAGCACUACAACAAUAGAUAUCUCUCAGCAGCAAACCGAACACCGUCGUCGUCGAAGUCGCGGACACUCGAAAGGCAGUAUUGAGACUACAGAAACGGAGUCACAAUCUCCGGAAACAACGAGUGCAGAAGCCAGAAUAGAACGUCGCAACAGCAGUAAUAGCAGCGCCAGUGGCACUGCCAUGCAAAACGCUAACAACUCGUCAUCAGUAGCUAGUGGCGGCGGCCCAGGACCAGGCGGGGGUGCAAGCAGCGGUGGUGAAUCCACGAACGGACACAUCUCUGGUGGACCCGCGGAGCUAGCCCAGAAUGGCACAACGGUCUCUUCGGCGCUACCGAUAUCACGCACCACAACGACUAAUGGCACGCUUAGUGGCCCGCCGUAUAGUUCUUCAACGAAUCGUCUUCAUCUCGAUAAGACCAACCAGGAGACGGUACGUCUGAUCGGGCAGUACUUGCAGAAUGUCGGACUGGACAGGACUGCCGACUUGCUGAUGCAGGAAUCUGGGUGCUUUUUGGAGCAUCCGGCCGCAACUAAGUUUCGGGAGCACGUUUUGUCUGGCGAUUGGACAAAAGCUGAUAGCGAUUUAAAGGAGCUUGAGCCUUUAAUCGAAGCAAAGCAUGUUAACAUCACUGAAAUGAAAUUCAUAAUACUCGAACAAAAAUACCUCGAGUAUUUGGAAGACGGUUGCCCCUUGGAUGCCUUACAUGUCCUUCGCAACGAAUUAACACCACAACAGCACAAUAUCACACGCGUUCACCAGUUAUCCUCAUACAUGAUGUGUUCGAACAAUCACGAUCUCUAUCAACGUGCUAAAUGGGAGGGCAAGGGCAUUGUGUCGCGUUCCCAUGUCAUGGAACGUCUGCAGGCCUUCCUGCCACCUUCCGUAAUGCUGCCACCACGUCGUUUGCGUUCAUUACUAACACAAGCUGUUGAAUUACAAACACAGCGUUGUCCAUGCCACGAUGUGGGAUGGGAGACCAAUUUAGAAACAGUUUCUUUGCUCUCGGAUCAUUGCUGUUCAACAGAAGGUUUCCCCAUGCAAACGCUCCAGAUACUCACCGAACACUGCGAUGAAGUGUGGUUCAUAAAAUUCUCACCGAACGGCUUGAAAUUGGCUUCAGGCAGCAAGGAUGCUAGCGUCAUAAUAUGGGACGUUGACCCCUAUAAAUUGCAGCUAAAACAUCGACGUACACUCGAUGUGCAGGUGAGUGUGUCAUUCCUUAGCUGGAGUCCAGAUUCCAAGCUGUUGUUGGUCGGUGGACCUGAUGAUUCGCCUGAGAUUUUCAUAUGGAAUGUAGAAGAUUGCAAUUUGAUUGUGAAGAUGUCACAUGCCAUGGACGAUAGUUUAUCGUGUGGUGCAUUCAAUCCGGAUGGGACACGUUUCGUAACGGGCGGCCUGAAGGGUCAAUUUUAUUUGUGUGACUUGAAAGGGACCAUUUUGGACAGCUGGGAGGGAGUUCGUGUUAAUUGUUUGGCCUUUUUGUCAGAUAAUAAAACAGUUCUAGCUUCAGAUAAUCAUUAUCGUAUUAGAGGCUAUGUAUUCGACAAUCCACGCACCGAUUAUGACAUAAUUAAAGAAGCACACCCCAUAAUGACAUUUACAAUCAAUUCAACAGAGCGUUAUGCCCUUCUAAAUAUUGCCACUCAGGGCCUGCAUCUCUGGGAUUUAGAAGAUAAGACCUUAGUUCGUCGUUUCCAAGGAAUGCGUCAGAGUAAUUUUGCCAUACAUUCGUGUUUUGGUGGCAUCAAUGAGAGUUUCGUUGCGAGUGGCAGCGAAGACAACAAAGUCUGCAUAUGGCACAUCAAGCGCGAGGAGCCUCUUGCUAAGCUUUCUGGUCACACAAAAACCGUCAACUGUGUCUCAUGGAAUCCAGUAUUUCCGUCCAUGUUGGCAUCGGCGUCCGAUGAUGCAACCAUACGAAUCUGGGGUCCCAAGACGCAAACACUCAAUAAUUCACCCGAGAGUGAUGACUGCUCAUCUUGUUCUUCAUCAUCAUCAUGGAAUGUGACAUCAUAAUAAAGUUAAUUAUUUCUUUUCUCCUGAUCCUCAAUUUCUUCUUCUUCGUCUUCUUCUUUCUCCUGCUCCUCUUCUUAUACUUUUUAUCGAUUGCUGAGCAUAUACAAAAAUCAUUGCAAUAUUUUUCCUUUUUAUAUUGUUUUCUACCAUUUCCUUCUAAGUGAGUGCGUGUGACUACAAUUGGGAAUUUAUUAUGUUCCCCCUUAAACAAAAUAUAUAUCCAUUAAAAAUUAGUGUUUAAUUAUUUAGGAAGGUAAUUUUUACAAAAACAAAAAAAAUUAAAGAAAGAAAGUAAGAAACAUCAAAACAAACAAUAGCUUACUCCUAUCACCCUCCCUUUGUUUUUUAACAACAACAAGCAUUUGUUUUAAUCUUUUAUACCAUUUAUCUAAUUGAUGUUAUUUUAAUUAAUUUGUUUUUUGUUUAACUAAUUAAUUUACAGUAUAUGAAUAUAUAGGAAAGAAUUUAUAAAUAUAUAUAUUAGUAUAUAUGUAUGAUGUAUAUAUAUAUAUUACCAACAAAUACAACUCUUAACAAAACAGCAAUAACAACAAUUUAAACAUUUACAAACAAUUCAAAUAAAUUCUUAUUAUUUACAAAAAUAAAAGAACACCACAAAAAAAUAAAUAAAAUAUAAAAUUUAUUGAACAAACAAAAACCAGCGGCAAACAAACAAAAUAAAACAACAUAUAAAUGGGUCAUAGUAAUAAAAAUAGUUAAACAAUAGUUAUAAAAUAAAAACAAACAAAACAUAGAUAUAUGAAAAUGGAAAAAAAUAUAUAUUAGAAUUCUAAAGCAAAAAGAAAAUUAUAUAAUAAAUUUAAUAAAAUACAAAAAUAAGAAACAGAUAUUUAUAUACGCAAAUUGUGUUGUCUUCGAGAAUACAUAAUUAGAACAAUAGAAAUUAUAAUAAAUUUUCUUUUCUCCUAAAAAUUAUAAAAACAAAACAAAAAACAAAGAAAUAUUAUAUAAAUAUUAAAUAAAAAAUUGCAAAUAAAGAUAGUAAAACAAAAAAACAAGAAAUAAAAUUAUAAUUACAAGAAUUACAAAAAAAAAAUAAAAAAAAAAAAACAAUUAGGAAUUCUUAUUAAGUGAAAUAUUAACAAAAUAAAAAUACAACAGCAAUUACGAAUAAUUAAGAGAGACAAGUUUUAACGUAUAUAUAUAUAUAUACAAUUUAAAAUAGGUUUGCAGAAUAAUAAUUAAUUAUAAUUAAAUUUUAAACAAAAUGAGCGUUUCUUUUU